ACUAGUGCUAUCGAUGAGUUUUAAUUUGUAUUAACAUUAAUUUAGUGAAAAAAUGUGGUCCGACACAAUAUUAAUUGUUUUUAUAUCGGUUUGCACCGCUUUCCUGGGCGAAGGACUCACUUGGGUGAUGGUUUACCGGACGGAGAAGUACCAAAAGCUGAAGACCGAGGUGGAAAAGCAGAGCAAAAAGCUGGAGCGUCGCAAGGAAAUCCAUGGGGACUCCCUGGACAAAGCCGUAAAGAAGAAGAUCGAGCGCGAUGAGGAAAAACUGAAAAACAACAACCGCGAUCUCUCGCUGGUCAAGAUGAAGACCAUGUUCGCCACGGGAUUCGCCUUCACCGCCCUGUUGAGUAUGUUCAACAGCAUCUUCGACGGCCGUGUGGUUGCCCAGCUGCCCUUCACACCCAUCUCCUGGAUCCAGGGGUUAAGUCACCGAAAUUUGUCCGGUGACGACUAUACGGACUGCUCCUUUAUAUUCCUCUACAUCCUGUGCACCAUGUCCAUUCGUCAGAACAUCCAAAAGCUUCUGGGCUUUGCCCCAUCGCGCGCCGCCAGCAAGCAGGGUGUAGGUCUGUUUGGACCUGCUCCAGGCCAGUUCAAAUAGUUCAAAUUCAUUAAUUAAAUUAGCUGCAUUUAGUUUUAAUGCACCAUCAACAAUUCUA